UCCAGCCUAUCCUCUGCGCACGGUGAAGACACACUGGUCCUGACACAGAGCGCCGCUUUUAGGGGCACAAACACAAACACUCGCUGCUGAAAUGAACCAGAGCCCACAGGCGCCCGCCGCGGAUUAAAACGGAAACUUUGUUUUUUUUUGGUUUUGUUUUGUUUUACGAUGUCGCUCAACGUGACAAAGUACUAGCAGCCAGAAGAAGAAGAAGAAGAAGAGCCACAGAACCAGAACGUCGCCAACGGGGGGGGAAAAAAUAGAUGCACGGCCACUGCUGAAAAAACAUGUUGCAGCCCGGCAGCCUGAGCCCCGGCGUCUGUGGAACAUCCUCAGCCUGAGAAGCAGCUCAGUCACCGGCUCGUCCUCGUCUGAUUCCGCUUCUUACCUGUGAAGUCCGCGAGACAAAUCCGAGACUCGCCUGCGGGAUAGAGACAGGGACAGACAGGGAGACAGAGACAGAGAGACCGAGCCAUGGCAGGCAGGAUGACAGCAGCGCCGACCGCCGGGGUGCUGCUGGUCACCGCCAACGUGGGCUCCCUGUUCGAGGAUGUUGAAAAUCUACAGAAGACGUGGCUGAGGGAGUUUUACCAGACGGUUCAUUCACAUAAGCCUCACUUCUUAGCGGUGCACUGUCAAGAGGUGGGCGGAAAGAAUUAUGAAGCCUCCAUGUCACACGUGGAGAGUUUUGUGAAGGAGAUGCUGUCCAGUGAUGCCAUGAAGGAGUACAGCAGAUCCCGUGUCUACAUCGAUGACAACUACAGAUCCCAGGAGCAGUUUACAGCUCUUGGAAGUUUCUUCUUUAUCCACGAUUCUUUGAAAAACAUCCAUCAGUUUGACUUCAAAGCCAAGAAAUUCAAGAAGGUGAUCGGGAAAGAAAUCUGCUCAGACACACUAGAAAGCAUAUCCAUGCUGGAGAAGGAGAAGUUCCCACAGGACUACUUUCCCGAGUGCAAGUGGUCCAGAAAGGGAUUCAUCAGAACUCGAUGGGCCCUGGCUGACUGCACCUUUGAUCUGGUGAACAUCCACCUUUUCCAUGAUGCCUCCAACCUGGUGGCCUGGGAAAGAAGCCCCUCAGUGUACUCUGGGACAAGGCAGAAGGCCCUGGGCUAUGUCCUAGACAGGAUCACAGACCAGCGCUAUGAGAAGCUGCCAUAUUUUGUUUUUGGGGACUUUAACUUCAGGUUGGAUUCUAAACAGGUUAUUGAGAGUCUCUGCUCUACGGCCACCAUGCAGACUGUCAGGACCGCCGACACCAAUGAAGUUGACAAGCUAAUAUUCAGAGAAACUGAUAAUGACAGAAAGGUUGUUCUUCAACUUGAAAAGAAGCUUUUUAAUUAUGUCAACCAGGACGUUUUCCGGGAAAACAAUGGGACCUCACUUUUAGAGUUUGACAAAGAGCUGUCUUUGUUUAAGGAUCGACUGCAUGAACUGGAGAUCUCUUUCCCUCCCAGUUACCCAUACAGUGAAGACAGCAGUCAGGGGAAGGAGUACAUGAACACCAGAUGUCCCGCCUGGUGUGACCGAAUCCUCAUGUCUUCUUCUGCCAGAGACCUGGUUUUAAAGCCUGAAAAUGAAGACAAGUCUGUAGUGUACGAUAACAUUGGGCCAAAUGUCUGUAUGGGGGACCACAAGCCUGUCUUCCUGUCCUUCCGAAUAACAGCGGGGGCAGGUAAACCUAAUGCAAAUAAGCACAAGUGUUGUGUGGUGCAGUGAUGUCGUGGAAAAUGUUGCCAAAGUGGGGAGAAGAUAUUUCUUGAAGCACCUCUGUGAGAACACGGCAGAAAACCGGGACAACAACAACACACACACACACACACAUUUUCAGCAGUGCUGACCAGUUGCAGUUGUCCUGACACCUCAUCCAUAUUGAAGACCCCCGUUGUUUUCUCUCCAUAAAACACUUGUUGAGAUGUGGUCUCACACCCAAGGGCCCGGCUCCAGUCAAGACGCACAUCACUGACCUCACCGUUGCCAUGCAACCCCAUUACUCAGCAUAAAACAAGGACAGAGGGACGUCUCUUUUCAUGCCACAAAACUCUAAUUGAAAUCAGUCCUACUACAUCAUUUUAGACACCCUACUUGCCAUUUUUAGGUAUGCCAUUGUGUAUAGAUGCGACUUUCCAUACAGUAUGUAAGAUUUUUAAAGAAAAACAAAAGUGCAAUGCAGAAAA